GUCCAACUUCUCUCUUCCGGGUCAGCUAAGAACUUGAAGUGGAAACUAUGGUUUUGUAAAUAUGGGAAAUAAACAAGGAAAGGAGGAAGAUGGACCCUCAAAAAAAUCAUCAUCGGAUGAGAAGACAAAAGGUGCUACGGGGGAGUCCAUCCCAAGUCGUAAGAGAUUGCCAGUCAGUGAAAGUACGGAGGAGAGCAUACCAGGUGUAACAGGGCGCAGAACCAAACGUCACAGCAACAGUGACGUCACAAAAUCAUCAGCUGCAAAGGGUAGAUCUACUAUGCCACAACAGACAACCCAUGUCAUAUCUCCCAGUGCUGUAUGGAAAAAUGAAGGUGCAGAAGUUGUUGAACUGACCAUUAAACAUGAUCGUUUGGUAGUAGCUGCCAUUGACUUUGGUACUUAUGGAUCAGGAUUUGCCUUGUGCACUAGAUCAGAUUACAAAAAAGAUCGCAACAAGAUUUUUGUACAUACUUGGAACAGUGGGACAGCCAUCACUAACAAGGCUCCUACAACAGUACUGAUCAAACCUAACGGCAGAGACUAUGUCAGCUUUGGUUAUGAAGCAGAGAGAGAUUUUGUGGACAUGGAUCCUUCAGAACAAAAGAAACACUAUCUAUUCAGGCAGUUCAAAAUGAAGCUAUUUAAUAAUGCUGAACUCUCUGAGUCUACAAAACUCAAAGAUAUCACGGACAAGGAACUGCCUGCUGUUGACGUCUUUGCUGCAGUGAUGCGGUUUUUCCGGGAGAGCUUACAGAAACGACUUGAUACAAAGUCUACAGAAGACUUCUCAUAUGAUGAUGUGUACUGGGUUGUAACCGUGCCUGCCAUAUGGGACCUUAGAGCUAAGCAGUUCAUGAGGAAAGCUGCUGAAAAGGCUGGACUCAAAGACUCUCAGCUGUCCUUGGCACUUGAACCAGAAGCAGCAUCUAUGUACUGUCGCAAAGUCCCGGUAGAAAUAAGCACACAGAGAGAUGGAGCAAAGCAGAUAGCUUCACUGCCCACAGGCUCCAAAUAUCUGGUGCUGGAUCUGGGAGGAGGUACCAUUGAUAUAACUGCCCAUGAAGUGACCUCUGAUGGGGGACUCAAAGAGCUACACCAGGCUAGUGGGGGGUACUAUGGGGGAACCUGUGUAAAUGAAGAAAUCAUGAAAUUCUUCAUACGACUCUUCGGUGGACCUGUUAUUAUGAGGCUCAAAGAAGAAAAUCCUGGUGACUACCUCGAUCUAAUGAAUGAUAUUGAGAUGAAAAAAUGUACUUUUAGUCCUAAAAUGAACAAAGAGAAAAUCACACUUCGACUUCCAGUUACAUUGUUAACUGCCUACAGGGAAGAUACUGAAUGUGAAAUUGAGGAAUCAUUGGAAAACACAACAUUUGCAGAUGAUGUGCACAUAAAACGUGACAAGAUGACAAUUUCCAAAAAACUCUUCCAUACCUUCUUUAAAAACUCUGUUGACAAUGUGGUCAGAAUUAUCAAAGAAAUCCUCGAUACACCAGGAAUGUCUGAUGUCAACACCUUGUUGGCAGUUGGUGGAUAUGCAGAGUCUCCAUUAAUGACAGAAACUCUAAAGACUGUGUUUGCUCACAAAAAAGUGGUGAUACCCACCGACCCAAGCCUAGCUGUGUUAAAAGGAGCAGUGAUAUAUGGCUUUGAGCCAGAGAUCAUAGCCUCCAGGGUAUGUAGGUAUACCUACGGAAUUGCCAAACAAGGAAUAUGGCAGGAGGGAGAUCCAGAAAGCAAGAAACUGCCACAAACAACUAGAAAAGGACUUCACUGGUGUGACGAUGUUUUUGACAAACAUGUAGAAGUGGGACAGGUUGUUAAAGUUGGGGAGUUUCAGGAACCCAAGGAUUAUUUUGCAGUGGAAGGCCAGGAAUUGGCUCUGUUAGAUUUUUAUGCUUCAACGCAGAAAAAUCCAAGGUUUGUUGAUGAGCCUGGCUGCACAUGUGUUGGAUCUUUUGUUUUAGACCUGUCAGGCAAGAAUUCCAGGGAAAAUAUCUUGGUCAGGAUAGGAGUGGGUGGGACAGAAUUGGAGGUAGAGGCCAAAGAAGAAAAAACAGGUCGUGUCUUCAAAUCAUACUGCAAUUUCCUGCCCUAGUCAACAUCUCAGAGUCUAGUUUCUUUUGAUUGUUCAAAAUUAAAUGGCAACUGGAAAUAUAGUGUAUCUGCUGAAUAUUCAGUAACCUUCUUUGAGUGCUUGUGUGUCCAUAUUUUGAAAGAGAUAAUGUAUGAAAAAUAUUUCUUUAGUCAUUUUAAUAGUUUUUCACAAGUUUUGUACGUUUGGUGCAAAUAUGUGAUGUCAAUGAUGUAGAAUUUGUUUGUUAUAUUGGAAAGAAACAUGUACAUCUUGCUUCUAGAUAGGAUCUGAUUUAUUAUAGAGAUCCAAAGUUCUAAGGUAGAAUUUAAAAAAAGACUUGAUUAAGUAGUACAGUUGUAAAUCAAAUUGCCAUACAUGUAUACCAGAGAUUAUUAAUAAAUUGUCAAGGUCAGAUAAAUUAAGAGGUUUUAUUUUUUUAUUUUGAUUCAUUUGUCAGAAAAAAAAGUAUUUAGUAUACUGUAAAUGUAAUGGUUAUUACUCUCGCAAUAGUUCUUAUGUACAUUUGGCUUUAUUUGAAGUUAAGAUUUUAUCUGUUAAAUAUAAUAUUUG